AUGUCUUCCAGCGAACAGACCUUCAUUGCUGUCAAGCCCGAUGGCGUUCAGCGUGGCCUUGUUGGCGACAUCGUCAGCCGAUUUGAGAAGCGCGGAUACAAAUUGGUCGCCAUCAAGAUGGUGUCUCCUUCCAAGGAGCACCUUGAGAAGCACUACGAAGACCUCUCCGACAAGCCUUUCUUCAAGGGCCUUGUCACAUACAUGUUGAGCGGUCCCAUCGUCGCUAUGGUCUGGGAAGGCCGCGAUGCUUGCAAGACGGGUCGAUCCAUCCUCGGCGCCACCAACCCUCUCGCUUCUGCCCCGGGGACCAUUCGAGGUGAUUACGCCAUUGAUGUUGGUCGCAAUGUCUGCCACGGCUCCGACGGUGUCGAGAGCGCUAAGAAGGAGAUUGCGUUGUGGUUCAAGCCUGAGGAAGUCCAAAGCUGGAAGUCUGCCCAGCAUGACUGGAUCUACGAGAAGGCAUAA